UCACUUUCUCUUUCUCUCGCUCUCAUUUUCUUUCUGUGAACGGUGAACGCGACACUUUCAGCUCCAGAAUGGCUACAUCUUCCUCUGCCCUGUCCGACCACCUCUGCUGCUCCAUCUGUACAGAUAUCUUCACUGACCCUGUGUCUCUCAGCUGCCAGCACACCUUCUGUAAGAGAUGUCUUGAACAGAUCCUGGAGGCUGGACUCCGUCCCCGCUGCCCUGAGUGUAGAGCUCUGGUCACGGACAGAAACUUCCAGAUCAACAGACUGGUUAAGAACAUGGCGGACCAGCUGAGACUGGAGCAGACCAGAGGACAAAGAUCUACAGCUGAGAGAGGAGGCGAGUGUGCUGAGCACGGAGAAGCGAUGAAGCUGUUCUGUGUGACAGACAGUAAGCUGAUCUGUCUGGUCUGUAAGGAGGGGAGAGACCACAGAGGACACACGUUCAAACCUAUGAGAGAGGCACAGGAGGAUCUGAUGACAGAAGUGGUCUCAGCAUUAGGUAUUCUGAAGGAAGACAUCAACGAAGUGCAACAUAAAAGAGCACGUCAACAAAAUAACAUCUCUAAGAGAAGAGAGAAAUCCAACCAAGUCAAGGAAAAAAUCAGGACCCAGUUUGAGGAAGUAAUCAACAAGCUGAAGCAGAGAGAAGAGCUGGCGAUGAGAGAGAUAGACAGGAGGGAUGGUCUUGUCAAUGUCAAUAUGGAGAAACAGCUGACUAAAAUAAAGAGACACGAGACUGAGGUCAAAAAGAGAGAGACCACGCUUCAGUCUGGACUGGACAUAACUGACCCCAGGGAGUUCCUGCAGUGGUGGACAGAGAAAGGUCGCACUCUGUGUGAUACAAGGCAGGUAUGUCCAGACAUCUUCAAAGUAUGCAGGGAGGAAAGACCAAGGCAAUUUGAGGGCUAUGAAGAUCCUAACACCCUCUUGGGAUUUAUUGACUUGGAGGGUAUUGAGAAAAGCCUUGCAUGGAAAUUCUAUCAAUUAGAUAGAUCUGAUGAGCGUUGUGUCCUAUGUUGAUUACAGUUCAGACACUACUUUCACUUUGACAAAAAUAAUGAUUCACUGACAACAAUCUGUAUCGCAUUUGCAUGUGAAGACGGUUCAUAUGGUUUACUACUCUAACAGUUGGGUGACUCCAUGCCAGAGUAGCCCAAACAUAUUUGUCAUAUCUCCGAUUGUUCUGACAAUUCUCAAAAAUGUUAACCAAUAAAAAAAGUAUAAUUGUAAAACAA